AGCAGUUAGUUGAAACCAAGCCAAAGCCACUAACAAACACUCACCAGCCAGCCAAUGCCACUAACACACACUCAUCAACCUACUAGUCUCCACUUUCCAAUCUUCUCCUGCACCAAAAAAACCAACUCAAUACCUCAAUUUCUUUCGGCUCUCUCUCCAUUCAAUCUGCUUAACUGGAACAGUAAUGUACAGGCCGGUGAUGCCCCCACCUCCAAGCCAUUCUCUGCGGUGGCAUGAAUCUUGGGGCCGGUUACUUGCACCCUUGACUCUAUGGAUAUGUGGCAUUUUCAGUUAGUCUACGAUAUGGUUAUUUUAGCGAUCGUCAUAUGGUACUUGGGCCUAGCUCAUCGCGAUUGAUGAAGGCUAGUUCUGUAUUUGUAGAGCAGGUUGAAGUUAGAGAUGAUGAUAAGAAAGGGGUUCUUCUUUAUGGAUUCUCUGAGAAGCCUGAACUGAGUUUCGAAACGAAUUGGAGUGUAUCGGAUUAUAUGAUUGUCGCUCCUUAUAGCAGAAAGGGAUUUUCUUUAUGGCUGAAUAAGGAUUCAAGGAUUCGUAUGAGCUGGGAAACUCAAACUAGUAUUUUAAAUCAACUUCAACUUGUUCUAAUUAAAGGAGAAAGGAAGCAUGAUACAUUGAUACCAACACUGACUACUUCCCCUGAUGCCCCUAAUCUAAGUGCACCCUUCAACGGUAAGGAAGCUGAGUACAAGAUUGAGGAAGAUGACAAGUACUAUCUUAGUUUGGUAAACACAAAUCCCAAAAGUAUUCUGGUAAGAGUAGCUGUAAAUGUUACAUCUAAACUGUAUGAUCUAUCGAAGGCAAGGAAUAUGUGCUCAGCCAUAAAGGGGUCGUGUCGGCUCACGAUUCUAUUUCCAAAGACUCAAUAUGUCGUAGUGGCUACACCUGAUACUGGUGACAUACGCGGAUGGUACAUUGAGCUCUCUUUUGUGGCUCGUGUGAUCACUUACAUUGCAAUUUUAGGAUUUAUUAUUGUGAUCAUUUUCCUGAUAUUGAAAUAUCUUGGAGCUUGUUCUGAAAAUACCGUAGUGGAGAUGGCAGCAGGACCAAUUCAGAUUUCCGAAACACAACCCAUUCUGCCGGAGAAGUCAAUUCGUUACACAUACGGAACCAAUGACGAAGACAAUGAUGAAGAUGGAUCAAGUAGUUCCUCUGAGGAUCUAUAUGAUGCUAAAUUGUGUGUGAUCUGUUAUGAUGAGCAAAGAAACUGCUUUUUUGUUCCUUGUGGACACUGUGCCACCUGCUUUGACUGUGCUCAGAGAAUUAUUGAAGGGGAAGGUAAGAUGUGUCCGAUAUGUCGAAGGCUAAUUCACAGAGUAAGAAAGUUGUUUACCCCGUAGAGACGACAACUUGAGCUUGAACAUCUGUGUGAUUGUACGUUUUUGGGGAAAUUUCUGAUUAGUGAGAGCAUGUGUGUCCUUUUUCUUUCUACUUCAAUACACUUUCUGGCUGCUUUAUUUGCCAGUUGCCACAUGAAAACCUUUUUGUUCUUGUAUCAAGCAAUGAGAAUGUUUGAGUUUCAGGAAUUCAAACUUAUAUAAGAUGCGAUUAAACCU